AUGAAAAACUGGGGAGUUUUGGUUUUUGGAUUUUUGGUGGUCAGCAUAUUGGUUUUUUCCAAUGGUGCCCCCCAAGGUGGUCCGCCUAAUUUUGGAUUUGGUAUGGGUGUAUCUGCUGGCGGUUCGGCUAAUGGAAAUGCUGGAGGCUCAGGUUCCGGUUUCUACGGACCAGGUUGGGGCCAGGGACCACCACCAGGACCUCCACCAAUGUUUGGAGGAGGCUUUGGCCCGCCGGGCGUUGGUCCAGGUUUUGGCCAGGGCUUUAACUUCACCGGCUUUGGCCCGGGCUUCAACUUCACCGGCAUCGGCCCGAGCUCUAACUUCACCGGAUUCUUUCCAAUGAAUCAGACAUCUCAGAUUCCAAGGCAGACUUAAAUACAUUAUUACACUUUUGAUGGGAGUAAUAGAUAAUAAUUAUGUUUCUUUAACAGGAUAAUUACAACAAAUCUUUACUAGACUAGGUUGUUUAUAACAUGUAACAUAGGUAUAUUGGAAACCACAAUCUUCAUAGUUACUUUAAUAAAUAGGCAGCUUUUUACAAUAAACUAUUAAAG